AUGAAUUUGCUAGAUGAUGAUACAAAGAGCCUUAAAAUAAAGAAUUCAUUCAGCUUAUUUAAUAAGCAGUUUCAAGUUCAAGACUCGCCCGUUGAACACAAACAUUUACAUUCAAAAACAACCGUCGAAAAGGCAGCAACAAUAAUUGUUCUUGGAUAUCUCUCACUCAAAACAGUUCAAGGUGAAAUCGAAUCUCUCAUUGAGACUGCAUGUACUUUAAAAUCCAUUUUUUUGCCUUCAUUGAAAUGUGAUGAAACAACUUUCAGUCUGAGAAUUUCUUUCUCUAUACCAGAAAUCGUUCACAAUAGAGUGGAUUGUGGAAUAUUAAUGUUUGAAAUAUUCUUGUCGUUCGCUUAUUACCUACGAGAAGACAAGCAAAAAGACAUCCUCGAGAAACAGGAGCGUCAUGUUAUGAAGGAACCGAACCAGUUUGACGAUAUCUAUAAAAGUGCCAGCAGUUACUACCUUGAAACGCCACAAUCAACUGCGAUAAGCAAAUUAUUUGUUCACUGA